ACAAGAGAUUAUACAAACAAAAAAGGUACGCUAACGUACGCACACGUAACCUGCAGGACGACCAUUGUAGGGAAAAAGAAAACCUGCUCCAGUCACGCGGCGGUACCGUUUUCCAAGGUGACAGUAACAGGUGCCAUUGCUGCAAGCCCGACUGGUUUUAUUCCAAGUUGGCUUCCGGACUGACCUGUGCUUCAAAUGACGGCCUAACGUAAGGCAGGGAGAGGGUGACUAUGUCCGUUUGUUGAUCUGUUAGUCGGAUUAUUUGAAUUGGAUAAUUUAUGUACUGAUUUUUCCCAUCCAGAGGUUAUGUUUAUAGAACGCGAGCGAUGUCAGUCCGUGAACGUUGAGAAACCUGUAAGUUGAAAAGGUACCUUCGACAGGUGAACACCGAGACUCGGAAACAACUGUGAUCAUUGGUGGCUCUUUUAUUUUUCCAACAUGGCCGACAACGACGAUUUGGUGAGAAAGCAACGAAGGCGACGGAUUUGUCAAGCCAUAAUUGUUAUAACGGUCCUUCUUGUGGUGGCUGGUGUUGGCGUGGUUCUCUGGUACUUUCUCAGAGACACCGAAGUUGAGUUGAGACUCGGAGACGCGCGAUUCUUGCAAAACGCACAACAGAUCACCUUCUUGAACCAAACGAACAACAACAUAACUCUAGAGGGAAGGCUUGGUUUGAACGUUUCGAGAUAUCUGACUCCUACCGACUGCAGAAAUGCGAAUGACCGCGAGAAACUGUGUUUGAGAUGGGACGGGGUCGCAGUUUUAGAAAUUCUCAGAGAAAAUUUGCUAGGGCCUACGACAGGAACUUCGGUCGACAUCACAACCCAGUGUUACGAAGUGACAUGGACACCCCUUUCGGAAGAGUUCAUUCCGCAGGAUUGCUACUCGACGUCUGCGGCGAACUGGUACGGGGGUUCGGAGACGUUCUACCAGCGAUGGCCCGUCAACAACGGCAGCUACUUAAUGCAGCCUUACGUCACAUGGGACCACCGAUGGGACCCUGGCAGGUAUGACUACGAAUUCUAUCCCGACCAUUGGAAGUAUGGAUCCCUUCAAGAGCGAUACUGGGUUUCGUCGCGAGGCGUCGCUAUCAAAGUGGACGAUUCCGUCCCCUUGCAUGUUGGCCUCAACGAUACGGUCACUGAACCUGAACAGUUGUGCCUGAUGGCUAACUUCUCCCACCCGUACAACAACCCCACCGGCGCGUACCCCGUCCUGAAGUACACCGUGUGUCACGGCGGACACCUAAGGGACAUCCACGACUUCAUGGCCGACAGGUACUUCCGCAAGCCCCGGGGGAUACCGGACGAUCGCGACGAAGUCAUGUACAGGGCGCCCAUCUACUCCACAGGGGGCCGCUACGGGCAGUGGAUCAACCAGUCUACUAUCAUGAAUUUUGCAGAGGAGAUCAGAACCUGGGAGCGAGUGUUAAACUUUCCCAGCAGUGACGACUGGUCCACCAUAGAGUUGGACGACAUGUGGUCUGAGGAGCACGGUUCCAUCGACUUCGACAGGGAGCGCUUCCCAGACGCCAGUGGGAUGAUCGGCGCGCUGCACAGCCUGCGCUUCCGCAUCACCGCGUGGGUUGUGCCUCACCUGAACGCCUGGACGGACGCCUUCCAGGAGGCCAUGAAAAGAGGAUACAUGGUGAUGGACUCCACCGGGACCAUUCCCGGGUUGUUCGGCUGGUGGCGCGGGACGGCCGGGGUGGUGGACUUCACCAACCCUGACGCCGGCGACUGGUACGUCCGACGGCUGGACGAGAUUCGUCGCAAAUACGCGGUGGACACCUUCAAAAUGGACGGCGGGGAGCUGAGCUACCUCCCAGUACACUACAGGACCUACGAGCACCUGGACAACCCCGCCACCUUCACCCGUCUGUAUGUGGAGAACAUGGCGAGGUUGGGUGACACUGUACAGGUCCGGGUUGGGUACGGAUCACAGGAUCAUCCCAUCUUAGUACGAAUCGCAGACAAGGAGUCUGAGUGGGGUUACGGGAACGGACUGAGGACAUUGAUACCCUGUGCACUACAGUUCGGCGUCAACGGUUACAUCUUCAUAUCACCAGGCGUGGUCGGUGGUCUUACCAACGACGGACAGAUGCCUGACAAGGAGCUGUACAUUCGUUGGCUGCAAGUGUCCGUUUUCUUUCCGACCUUACAGUUUGCGAUCACUCCCUGGCAGUACGAUAACGAGACUAUCACCAUCACUAGACAACUGAUGGAGCUACGGUCCACGUUGGUUUUGCCGAGGCUGCUUGAAGCUGUAAGACAAUCCCAGACGACAGGAGCUCCCGUCCUGAGACCCCUGUGGUGGAUAGCACCAGAGGAGGUGUACGCUCAGAUCAGUGAUGAUGAGUUCAUGUUGGGAGACACGCUGCUCGUGGCACCAGUGUUGGACCAAAGAGCCAGGUCUAGAGACAUCUACCUGCCGAGUGGACGAUGGAGUGAUCAGCUCCGGGGAGGGAACAUCAACUCUGACGGUGGGCAGUGGCUGGAGAACUAUCGGGUGGAGCUCCGAGAAGUCCCACACUUCAUCAAGACAUUUUAGGAUGCUAGCUGGAAAGUCUUAACAAGCUGAUGUGAACAUUAAUGUGACAGCUGGAUCUGUUUCUUUUUUCCUUAACUUCUUAUGAGUGUUUAGUUUGUGGGUUAUGAGCAUACUUUGGACAUGACAGAAUGUAAUGAUUUUUGUUGCAGUUUUUUGUCUUACCAAGAAAAUGUAAGUUUCACUCCUAGAUAUGGGAAUGUGUUAAAGACAUUCAGAGUAUCCAAUGUCACUAAUGGUUGUGAAAGAACACAUUUGAAAGACCACUGUGUCAUGACUGUAUUCAUUUAUUAUUGCAUGAUUCAUUUCAUACUACUACUAUAUCUCAUCAUUGCUAUUAUAGGUAACCUUUUUAGCUAUUUGCCAUGUACAGAUAAAUUCAUCUUUCUCAAUAAACUCUUUGUUCUCUUCUCAUCAUUACUGUAAGUAUGUAUUGCACUUAAGAAAAAAUCAAUCAUUCUAAUAAAAAUCAGUGACUAUGUCAAUUCAAAAUAUCCUGUCAAGCCUAAGUCAAUUCAAUAGAGCUCUGUUAGCCUUUGUCUGAGUAGGAACUGUGGACUGAAGCUUAGCCAAAGCUGGACUCCAGGCUAAUUCAAAAGCCUUAAGUUAAAUACUCUGUCUGGUUUGCAAAAAAAUGUGCGAUACAGUCAAGCAUGAUUCAAAUUGGUACAGCGAGCAUUUGCAAUCAUGCCAAUCAACUGUGGACAUCUAAACAUUGGCCUUCAGACAUUUCAUAAGAAAAGCAUUGCUGGAUAGCUUUCUAUCAGGAAUGAUAUUCUAUAAACGUAUCCUAUUCUUAAAUCAUUUAACUCCUGCAGUUACAGAGCAUGUCAUGGUAUUCAUGACUGAUGUCAGCAAUAUCUUUGCGGCACAUUUGAAAUGUAUAUCAUGUAGCAGUAGUUUUAAACUUCUUUUGUAAGCAAAAGUGACUUUAGGCCACCCUUCUGUGGCCUGUGGCAAUCAAGUACAUGUAACUUCCUUCUUCAUCAAAUUUCUGUCUUGAAGAACUGGUACCACAAUGACUGCUAUGAUGAUUAAACUAAGGUA